AGUAUUCAGGAGGAAGAAAUGGGGAGAAAUCUUGGUUCAGCGUUCAGAAAAGAGUUGGCGAAUCUUGACAAAGAUCCGGAUUCUAACAAGACUGCAAUGAGCAAUUUGAGAUCUAUAGUGAAGGAUCUGAAUGCAAAAGUGAUUCAUGUGUUUGUUGCUCAAGUUUCUGAAACCAAAGAGAUUGGUUCUGAGUCCGGUGGCUUCACGGUGUCUCUCUUUGAAGACCUUGCCCGUGCUCAUGGAGUAAAAAUUGCUCCCCAUGUAGAGAUGAUCAUGCCGGUUAUCAUAAGGACACUGAGCUCUAGUGAAGGGUCCUUGAGUGUUCAACAGGCUUGCUCAAAGGCGGUAGCUGCUAUGGCUAGAUAUGGAAUUGAACCUGCAACACCGGAAGAUAAGAAAACGAAUGUGAUUCAUUCUCUUUGUAAGCCACUCUCUGAUUCUCUUCUAGACUCGCAGCAUCAACAGCAUCUUGCUUUGGGAUCUGCUCUUUGCUUGAAGUCACUUGUGGAUUGCGAUAACUGGCGAUAUGCCUCUGGCGAAAUGGUUAACAAGGUUUGUCAAAGCUUAGCUGUUGCUCUUGAAGCCACAUCAAGUGAAGCCAAGUCUCAUAUGGCACUUGUCAUAGCUCUUGCUAAGCACAAUCCUUUUACCGUCGAGGCUUAUGCAAGGCUUUUGGUGAAGUCGGGUCUGAGGAUUCUGGAUUUAGGUGUUGUCGAGGGAGAUUCUCAGAAGCGGCUUUUAGCUAUACAGAUGCUUAACUUUCUGAUGAAGUAUCUGAAUCCCAAGAGUCUUUCUUCUGAGCUUGAGCUUAUAUUCCAAGAGAUGGAGAAACACCAGAAAGAUCAGAUGCAUUUUGUCAGAAUGGCGGCUUACGAAACCAUGAGAACAGCAGAUAGAUUAAUAAAGGAGGAGGCAGAUCCGAUGUUAGAUGCAGAGAAGUGCAACGACCGAAUCUCGCUCAGCGGAUCAAUCAAGUCUACACCAAGCCUGAGAGCACAUGACCUCUGCACCUCGAACGGGAGUUAUGUAAACGAUCAAGAAGAAGAAGACGUAUUGUUUUCCGGUGUAGCCAGCGGAAGAACUUGUGUCUCAGGCUCUCCUUUGGUGGGUUAUGGUGACUAUAACCAAACAACUGGUUCUGUGCUCGAGAGUCCAAGAUAUGAAGAUCAGAUUCAAUUUCCUGGUGUUGAAGAUGGUAACAUAGAGUCGGUUUGGUUCCACCGGAGGAACAGAAGCUUCGAAUUUAAUGAAUCCGUGGGAUCUAGGACCAAUCGCUCAAGAAGUGCAAGAAGAAACACGAAGAAGAGACACUCAGUAGACAACAGUUCAACACAUCACAUGCACGGUUUCACACAAGAUCCAUUCACUGAGCUACUAGAGAACAGACAGCAGCUGCAACAGUACGGUGAAAGCUCAUCAUCGUCAUCAAUAUAUGAUACCUCUGGUACUACUACUCCAACCAACACAACAGAAGAUAUCUGUGAGAAACCGAAGUCAGGUUUGGAUUCUGAGGCCAAACUUAAGACAGGAGAGACUGAAAUAGACUCGACGAGGCAAAGGAGCAAGCGUGGGUUGAGAUGGGGAUUGGGUUUCUUCUCUGUUGCAGUUGCAGGGUUCGCUUCUAUCAUGUGGGUGUAUCUACAAGAUGACAUGAUGCUUCCUCAUCUUGUUCCUACUUGA